CGAUCGUCUUUGCUGAAUACACUAUUUCUUGGCAUUGAUUUUUAAUGAAACUAAAUGUUUCGGGGUAUUUAUAAUUCAAACAAAAUUAAUCAUUCAAUGCUUAGGUAUAAUCCUACUUUGUCCAUCGCCUAAUGAAAUCAGACACUCUGUGAAACCAGCAGUUAUUUUGACAAAAAGAUGUCACGAGCUUAGUCACGGGUACCAUUGUUGAUUUAAUAACUGGCAAAAACAGUUCUUUUUCUUUAUCCGUUAUAUUAUUGUUAAGGAUAUAAUAUUAAGAUAUUAAGAUAAUGCGGGUGCUAGAACUCUAUAGUGGAAUCGGUGGAAUGCACUUUGCAUUGGAAGAAAGUGGAGUCAAAGCUCAGGUUGUUGCUUCUGUUGAUAUAAAUACAGUUGCCAAUGAAGUCUAUAAGUACAACUUUCCUCAAACUUUAAAUAUAAGCAGAAACAUACAAUCCUUUACAGUGGAGGAAAUCGGAAGCAUGAAUAUAGAUACUAUACUUAUGAGUCCACCUUGUCAACCAUUUACAAGAGUCGGUUUAAAAAAGGAUAUAUUGGAUAAGAGAACUGAUUGUCUGUUGCAUGUACUGGAAUUCAUACCCCAUAUACAGACUCUGAAAUAUGUUCUGUUAGAAAAUGUGAAGGGCUUCGAGAAUUCCCAAGCAAGAAAUGAGCUUGUGGAUUGUAUGAGGAAAUCCAACUUCGAUUAUAAGGAACUGAUACUGAGUCCCUGCCAAUUUGGAAUACCUAACACGCGACAUCGUUAUUAUAUGAUUGCUAAAAAGAAGGAACUUUGUUUGUGCUUUAAGGAUCCAGAUUUAAUUCAUUCCUUACCGACAGAAAUUUUGCAGAUUUUGUCUGAGAACUGUCAUACUCAAGUAGCCAAUUUACAACUUGCAGUGAAUUGUAAAAAUGGAAAAGAGCAUUCUAAAUUAAGUAAUAUAAUAGAGAGAGAUGCCGAUGAGAAGUAUUUAAUAUCCAGAAAAUUGCUAGCUAAACAUGCCAGAAUAUUUGAUAUAAGAACACCUGAAUCUGAAGGUACCUGUUGUUUCACAAAAGCGUACAGCCAUUAUGUAGAAGGAACAGGUUCCAUCUUUUGCCCUUUUAAUGAUAAUCACCUUAGAAAAGUUUAUGAAGAAUCUAAAAACUAUAAAAAAGAUUGUCCAGAUGGAUUAGAUAGCUUAUGCAAUUUACGUUUACGGUACUUUACACCUAAAGAAGUCUCUAGACUAAUGUGCUUUCCUGAAACUUUUUUGUUCCCAGAUAAUAUUACUGAUAAACAGAGAUACCGACUUUUAGGUAAUUCAAUAAACGUUUACGUUGUUAGUCAGCUGUUACUACUUUUGGUUCAUGAAGCUAUAUGAUUUAUACUUAUUCUUAUAUUAUUUUUAUUAUGCUGAAAAUAAAAUUAUUUUAUUACAA